UCAAUUCUUGCUCCCUUUCAGAUUUCAUCUGAGCCUUCACCACAUACCACUCUUUGUCAUCAAAUUUCUUACCAUUUUAAUGCCUCGACGGCAAUGGCAGCAUCAUCUGCACUGUCAUAGUUAACAAACCCAAAACAUCUCGAUUUCCCGUCCGCAUCCCUCAUCAUCCGCUAUAUGCUGCUUUUGUUGUUUGGUGUUUCGUCAAUUUUCAACAAAGAUGAGAUAAUGAUAUGUGCACACUUGCUCAUUGAGAAUUAACUGACAUUUCUUUAUACAUCUGGCAGGGGAAGGAAAAUCACAUCAAGCUCAAUCUCUUUGGAUUAUCAGUUCUUGAAACUAGUGCGUUGAAGAAGCAGUUGAAGAACAAGCAGAAAGAAGAAGAGCGUCGCAAGAAGGAGGAGGAGAAAGCUGCUAAGCAGGCUGCAAUGCCGAGCUCUCAGGGUCAGAAGUCUCAAGUUGCUGAUGAUGAGGAUAUGGACCCUACUCAAUACUUUGAGAACAGGGUGAAAUUCCUGGAUGCGCAGAAGGCGGCUGGAAUCAAUCCAUACCCACACAAGUUCCAUGUUACAUUGAGUAUAGCUGGAUACAUAGAGAAGUAUGGUGGGUUGAACAAUGGGGAUCAUCUUGAGGAUGUGCAAGUAUCAUUAGCUGGGAGGAUCAUGAGCAAGCGUGCGUCCUCUUCAAAGCUUUUCUUUUAUGAUUUGCAUGGCAGUGGUGCCAAAGUCCAAGUGAUGGCUGAUGCUAGGACUUCCGAGCUUGACGAAGCUGAAUUUUCUAAGUUCCAUGCUUCUGUGAAACGUGGUGAUAUUGUUGGUGUAACUGGAUACCCAGGGAAAUCUAUGAGAGGGGAGCUAAGUAUCUUCCCGAAGUCUUUUGUCGAAUUAUCUCAUUGCCUCCAUAUGAUGCCAAGACAAAAGGCUGUUGCUGCUUCAGAGAAUGCCAAUGUAAAGAAAGGUGAUUCUUGGGUCCCAGGAAGUACAAGAAAUCCGGAGUUGUACAUCUUGAAGGAUCAGGAAACCCGCUAUCGCCAGCGAUACUUGGAUUUGAUGUUGAAUGGUGAGGUUAGAGAGAUAUUCAGGACUCGAUCAAGGGUUAUCUCAUAUAUAAGGAGGUUUCUUGACGAUCGAGGUUUCUUAGAGGUUGAGACACCUAUGAUGAACAUGAUUCCCGGAGGUGCAGCUGCACGCCCAUUUGUGACCUAUCACAAUGACCUGAAUAUGAAGCUAUUCAUGCGUAUUGCUCCUGAACUUUAUCUGAAGGAGCUAGUUGUUGGUGGUUUAGACUGUGUGUAUGAAAUUGGAAAGCAAUUUAGGAAUGAGGGUAUUGACUUGACACACAACCCGGAGUUCACCACUUGUGAGUUUUAUGAGGCAUUUGCAGAUUACAAUGAUAUAAUGGAGCGGACUGAAGAGAUGUUGAGUGGGAUGGUAAAGGAAAUGACUGGUGGCUAUGUCAUCAAGUAUCACGCAAAUGGGCUAGAUAAGGAGCCAAUUGAGAUUGAUUUUACUCCGCCUUUCAGGAGGAUUGACAUGAUAGAGGGAUUGGAGAAAGUGGCAAACUUGUCCAUACCGAAGGAUUUAGCUAGUGAAGAAACUAAUAAAUAUCUGAUCGAGGCCUGUGCAAAAUAUGAUGUGAAAUGCCUACCACCGCAGACAACAACUCGGUUGCUGGAUAAAUUAGUAGGGCACUUUUUGGAGGAAACUUGCGUUAAUCCAUCCUUCAUCAUAAACCAUCCACAAAUAAUGAGUCCUUUAGCUAAGUGGCACAGGUCAAAGCCUGGCUUGACUGAACGUUUUGAGUUGGUUGUGAACAAGCAUGAGCUUUGCGACGCGUACACUGAAUUGAAUGAUCCUGUAGUACAGCGCCAGCGAUUUGCUGAACAACUGAAGGAUCGACAAUCAGGUGAUGAUGAAGCAAUGGCCUUGGAUGAGACAUUCUGUACGGCUCUUGAGUAUGGGCUUCCCCCUACUGGUGGUUGGGGUAUGGGUAUUGAUCGACUUAUAAUGUGGCUGACAGAUUCCCAGAAUAUAAAGGAAGUUCUGCUUUUCCCUGCCAUGAAGCCUCAGGAUGAGCCAUCAGCUACACCAGCUAAAGCUGCUAGUCAAGAGCACUAAUGUUGACACGACUCGCAUAUAUUGCGUGAUUACUUGCAGCAGCUUCUUGAAUUCAUCGUAAUUAUCAUCAAUACAAGUCUAAUUUUUGUUACACUUGGAAGAUUGAUUCAGGCUGCUGUAACAAAAUCAUUUCGGGCAACCUUGUGCAGAAGAUUUUAGAUUGGCCAUAACGUUCUUUAGGCUAUCCUUUUUAUAGGUUUAUCUUGGUCCUUUUUUUUGUUUUUGUAUUUUUUUUCCCAUUUCAGUUUCCAUUAGUGUCAUUCAUCUUGUGUUUAAAAUGAGUGCACUUUGGAGUCUUGGUGUUGUGGAACAAUUAGGGCAUAUUGGUCUUGGAUUUCAGUUUUAUCUUCAUUAUAGUCUUGUGUUGUUGUUUUA